GUGGCCAACAUUUGACUCCGCUUUUUAAUUUAUUGGCUGCCCUUAGAAACGUUAAUGUCAGCCGUUAACUUCAUUAAAAAAACAUAAAAUCAAAGGGUAUUUUGGUCUAUUCCUCUCCACACCCUCCUUCCUUUUCUUUUUUUUCCGUUCAAUCAUGUUGGGCCGCUGUCACAUGCUCCGAUCAUGUCACUAUGCCGCUGCCAGACACUCCGACCAUGUCCCUACUUCAUUAGUCAGCCUCACGAAACCUCUCUUUCUUCCCUCUCGUCUAAUCACGGCCACGACCACCAGCCACGGCUACAACCACCAGACAUCCAAUUCGACCUCCCCUGCCCCCUUCUUCAACUCCAAUUCAUAUACACAAACAAUGUUGGAACAACCCAACAUUUUUUCCAACCACUGCCUUCCUACAUCCCCUUUUUACCUUCAACCAUCGUGUAUCUCAUAGGUGAGAUGAAAAUUGUAUAUACACACACAUAUGGGGCCAAGCUACCUAGCUGUUUCCGUGGGAGGCACUAAGUUACUGAUAUAUUCAAUCUGAUGCGUGUUGAGUCUGGGCCUCUAAUCGAUUAAAUUACCACUGUAUAAUACAUGAUUGUCAAUCAAUUCAUAUACAGAGAUUUAGAUGUAUUCACUUUUGUAUUGAAAAUGGUAUGCUAUUGUCAUGAGUUCAUCCCAAUUAUAAUUUCAUAAAUACACAAUUACCCUUUGCUCCGUUACUUCUGUUAGGGCAGAUUUAACGGCAGCCAACAAAUUGAAAAACGGAGUUAAAUGUUGGCCAAAUUUUUGCCAUUUUUAAAAUUCAGCCAUAUUUUUGCAAAUCGGUGUAAAAUUUAGCCACGUCUUUGUGAUUUACUCUAAUAUAAAUUGAACCUAAUUUACUAGGAUUUCACACAACUCGAAUGGAAAAUAUGUUAAUACAAGGAAGGUGAAAUGCUAAUAGAAAAUAUAUUUCCACGAAGAAUCUCCUGCUUUCAGAAUGAAUUUUUUUUUCUAUAGGGCCGGUAAUUUCUCUAGUACGUAACGUUGAGUGUGUCAAAAAAUUGGAGAGUAUUCGAAUAUAACUGGACAAUGAAAAUGAUAAUGCAGUAUAAUUAUGCAAAAAUACCCGGAAAAUCAAAUAAAAUUUUAUAAAUCUAAACAGUGUUUUGGAACCAGACGCGUGCUUUUAACUAAAGUACGCAAUUUUUCCCAGCAUAAGGUUACAUAAUGAGUUAUUUUUGUGUAAUUUUUUGCUCUAGUAGAAACGAAAUCUAGCGGAAGAUUGAAUUAGCUGACACGUGUGUUGCAACCAGAAAUUAACUCCAAAUCUAGAGGAAGACCAGAUUAGUGUGGGGAGGAACGGACUUGUUACUCCAAGCUUUUAUAUAAUUUUGGUUCAUAUAUAUUUUUUAUCUUUCGGACAGUUCGAACUGUUUUUAUAGAAUUCAGUUAUGAAGAUGCAGAGCGGGUUAGUGAGAUUAAUUCGAACACAGAGCUCAUUUUGUUUCGUCUCGGAGAUUCAAAAGGCUGCAGGGAUCAGAUUUAACUCAGAUAAAACUACAACCAAAAAAGGGGAUGUGAUGUCGGAUACGUUUGGAGAGGGAUACUCAUCGAGGUCAGACGAAGAAGGUUUUGGAGGUACGAAUCAGACCGUUCCUGGUAGUCGCAGACAGGAUAGUAAUCAGAACUCUACAGGAUACGACAAGAGUCAAGGGAGCGAGGUGAAGGAGAAAGAGCAAUCGCGACAUCAGACUAAUCCCCAGAAAUGAAGCAGUGCCUGCUACCAAAGAUAACAAGUGAUACGCAAGAUGAGAUUUCUUCCUUUUGUUCCUGUAGCUAAUUUCGGUAAUAAGGUGUCCUUAGUAUCAUCAUUCUAAUUCUUUUGUUCUUUAGGCUUGCCUUGUCUUUAUAUUUUCCUAAAUUUGAACUAGUUUAAGUCUCUUAUUGUUUUUCAAGUUUUUGUGAGAGGAACUAACUGAGCUUUAAUCUCUCUAAUACAAACUGUGAGAAUUGGCUUAC